GCCUCGACCAUGAACGAGAACUUACGGCCCCCGUCGCUCCAGUUGAGUGUCCCCCGCGAUGCCCCUGCCUACUCGGAUGGUGGGAAUGGUGGGGUCUCGGAUGGUCCUGUGUGGUCAAGCUCGUCCACCCCAACACUACGACGCAAGCGCUUCAAGAUGCGGCGCAUGAAGAAUGUGCCUAGCGAGAGAGAGAAGGAGAAAGACAGGGGCAGGCUGGUGAAUGGGUGGCUAGUCUCUACCCGCUCCCACUCGGGCUCCAAGGAGUACCUGCAGCUGCCCUCCAUCGAGAUCACCCCAUCCAGUGACGAGGAUGGGGCCACCUGGUCUAACUGCUCUACGCCCAGCGCCUCACCCCGACGAAAGCGCUUCCUGCUCCGCAAGUGGCUGAGGGUGAGAGAGAAGAAGGAGCACGCCGGCAGCGAGAGCAGCAGCCAGCAGAGCAGCCACGACGAUGACUCCUCUCGCUUCCUGACUCCCUUCAUCCGAGAGGAGAGCACUGCCAGUAACUCGAACAGGAGCACGCCUGCUUGCUCGCCCGUCCUGCGUCCUAAACGCUCGCGCUCGCCCACGCCCCAGAGCCUGGAGCCUAGUGAGAAUAUGGUGGAGAAGGGCCACUCGGACCACUCCUCUGAUAAGUCCCCCUCCACCCCCGAGCAAGUGGUCCAGCGAACCUACUCUCUGCAGUCCGCCCGCAGCGGAGGCAAGAACUCCAAGAAGAGCCAGAGCUGGUACAAUGUGUUGAGCCCCACAUACAAACAGCGUAAUGAGGACUUCAGGAAGCUCUUCAAGCAGCUACCGGACACAGAGCGGCUCAUCGUGGAUUACUCCUGCGCCCUACAACGAGACAUUCUCCUGCAGGGCCGACUCUACCUCUCAGAAAACUGGAUCUGUUUUUAUAGCAACAUCUUCCGCUGGGAAACGCUGCUGACAGUGAGGCUGAAGGACAUCUGCACCAUGACGAAGGAGAAGACAGCCCGCCUCAUCCCCAAUGCCAUCCAGGUGUCCACAGAUGGUGAGAAGCACUUUUUCACCUCAUUUGGAGCGCGGGACAGGACCUACAUGAUGAUGUUCAGGUUGUGGCAGAAUGCACUGCUGGACAAACCCUUGUGCCCCAAAGAGCUAUGGCACUUUGUCCAUCAGUGCUAUGGCAACGAACUAGGCCUGACCAGUGACGACGAGGACUACGUUCCCCCUGACGACGACUUCAACACCAUGGGGUUCUGUGAGGAGAUCCCUAACGAGGAGAAUGAGAUCAGUAAUGACAACUCGUCUAAGAGCAGCGCGGAGGCCAAACACGAGGGCAGCCCACCAUCCAUACACAAGAAAUGCAUCAUCACCAACAGCACCAUCAGCUCGUCCAUCAGCAGCGAGCCCCUCUCUUUUGACCUCCCUCCAGAGGAGUACAUCGACUGCCUCCCUGACGGGGAGCUGCUGGCCUUGCCCCUGGUGCUGGAGCAGAGCCUAUUGGAGGCCAGCGGCCUGGUGCCCUCGACCUCCCUGGACUUCAACGACAAUGAAGACAUCCCCACCGAACUUAGCGACUCCUCAGAGACCCACGAUGAGGGGGAGGUGCAGGCCUUCCACGAUGACCUUAAAGGGAGACAGUACAUCGAUGAGGUUUACAAGUUCAGUGUGGACAAGAUGUAUGACAUCCUCUUCACAGAAUCCCAGUUUAUGACCGACUUCAUGGAGCAGCGCAGGUUUUCAGAUAUAGUGUUUCACCCCUGGAAGAAGGACGACGCAGCGGGGAACCAGACGAGAGAGAUCAUGUACACAAUCUCCCUGUCCAACCCGCUGGCCCCCAAGACAGCCACGGUCACAGAGACGCAGACACUGUACAAGGCCAGCCAUGAGAGUGAGUGCUACAUCAUCGAUGCUGAAGUCACCACACACGACGUGCCCUACCACGACUACUUCUACACGCUCAACCGUUACAUGCUGACACGGGUGGCCAAGAACAAGUGCCGGUUAAGGGUGUCCACUGAGCUGCGUUACAGAAAACAGCCAUGGGGAUUAGUGAAGGGCUUCAUCGAGAAGAACUUCUGGAGCGGGCUGGACGAGAACUUCCGCCAUCUUGAGUUGGAGCUGUCGAAGGUGGAGGAUGUGGUUUUGGGGUCGACCCGGCCUUCUCCCAAGGUCAAGGGGGUGAAGACGUCUGUGAGGCGGAGGAAGAGACCCCUGGUCCACCUACGGAGCCAGCACCUGGACGACGCCCUCCUCAGCCCCGUCACCACGCCAACCGAUGAUGAGGUCAUCCACCGCAUCAAACAUGCGGGCGUGACAGGUUCCACUCAGACCAGGCACAUGCCUGAGCACCUUCCUGGAGGCUUCUCCCUCUACAGCGUGCCCAAACUGCUGCUCAUCAUCAGCUUUGUCCUGGUUUUGCUGGUGUUCCUCAACAUGAUGCUGUUCUAUAAGCUGUCGAUGCUGGAGUAUUCUGCACAGCAUCUUACCACCUGGCAAGGGCUGCGGAUACAUGAAAGGUACGCUAAUAAACUGCCCCAGACGCAGAUGGAGUGGGCCCAGCUCCUGGAGUCCCAACAGCUUUACCAUGACGCUGAGCUGCAGAAGUGGAGAGAGAUCAUCAAAUCCUCAGUGGUACUAUUAGACCAGAUGAAAGACUCUCUACUGAACCUUCAAAGGGGCAUUGGCUUAAGGGACUACAGCUCAGAAGCUGAGGAGAAAAGAAGCCGUUACCACUGACAUACGAGCUUAGGCCAUGAGGGCAUGGUGUGCAAUAUAGGAACUGUUUGUGUAUAAGUAUGCAAACAAAACAAAGAGAGACAAGAGACCAACCGACCGCCAGGCAAGCUGGCCCCAGUGUGACAGGGACCGCCUACCGGCUGCCGUCCCCCAGCUCACAGAGGUCAUGACCCCGCAAGUCAGGAAGUGCCCCUAUCACAGACAGGAAUUGAACAGUGGGGUUCCCACAGCACUGAGGCAUCGUGGGAAGGCAACAGCUCUGCUUACCUUGACGCCACUUCUGUCUCUUAUUUUUCUUUGUCUUUUAAUGUUGGAAGGACAUUGUACUGUCAGCCAUUGCCACAUGGGGAAUGGAGGACAACAAAAAGCUCAGCAUGUGAUUUUACUCCUCACCUUAACUCCUCUCAAUGAGCGUCUGUCUGUGGUUCCAUUCCUGCUCUGUGAGUGUCUAAAGACAAACAAAAGAGGAAAGAUAGACGAGGAAAGGGGACCUACAGUCUCAAGACUUUCUAUACUCCCUUGACUGUUCCAAACCGAUCCUCCCCUACAGGUCCGCGCUGCAGUGUCCCUUUUAUGAACUCCUCUGAUCGUGGCCACAGAUCAUGCUCUAGAGUAGCAGGAUCACCAGCAAAUAUAUAUUAUAGAGUAUAUGUAUGUCCAAGCACAUUUCCACUGAAAUGUCUCAACUGCCUUGUUUUUCCCCCAGGCUCAACAGUGCAUCAGGGCUGGUUUCCCUAAUCACCUAGAGCUAGGCUGUUGUGUUGGAAUUUGCAUAAUGAUUGACUUAGGUGGAGGAGGAUACCAUCUCACAGGUACUCAAUAAAGAGAAACGUUAAGAGAUUGCAGGAUGUUGUUGGGGAUAGAGAGGAUAUGUAAUGUGGCGUGUCAAAACAUCCAUGCUUGGUGGCAAAUGGAUCUCCUGUUAACAACAGGAAUUUAUGGAAUUUAGAGUCUUCUUGAAGGUUUAUGAAUUAGCUUAACGUUGUAUUGCCACUAUUUUACUAGUUGGGUAAUGCAGUUCAUUGUCCAUCAGACUUAUCAACUUAUCAGUUGUGGAACAGUAUUUUGAUCAAUUUUUAUGAAUGAUAGCUAGCCUGUCACUUCUACUUUCAAAGUACGGCAACAAUACAGAGCUUUUAUUUAUCAGUUACUGGUGAUUUGUUUUAUGCACAGUGUUAAUUAGUUCCAUUUGUUGCACAUUUAUCAAAAUUAGUUUGUACGGAUCCAUAAGACCCAAGAAUGUAGUACAACUUGACCAGUAGUCUUUUGUGUUGGAAAAGACAGCAUGCAGACUAAGAAGUCAUUGAUACUUGAAAAAGGGAUACUGCAGCAAGACAAUUAGGGAGACCUGUGUUCUUACAUAAGUGUUUUAUUACUAAACUGUGACUAUAUCUCUUAAAAAUGUUUGAAGAUUAAAAUAAUUAUAUAAAUAUAUUUGAAAUAUAUAUGUAUAUUUCAAUAUUGAAUAUUUCAAGAUAUAUACGCAUAGCAUAUAUUAAUUGUUUAUUUAUGUAUAUAGGAAAGUUAUCAGAGCUCUAGCUGGGUACAAUAAUUUAUAAAGAAAACUGUUUUCUUCAGAAAAGCAUGCCAGAUAUGUCUGUGACAUGUCUAGUAUGCAUGUGUGCUUGAGUGUACUGUAUGUUUCUGUGUGCGUGUGUGUGUGCACAUGUGUUAAUUUAUACAGUGUGACAUUUCUAUCAUUCCACACAUGGAUGUGUCUCAACAUUUCAUUUCUGGCACAUGUAGCCAAACUGCCUUUUAUAAUGCCCAUGUGUUUGGAUGCAGCCUUGCAUUAGCCUCUCUGGCUAACAGUUUACAAUCAGCCCAUAUGGACAUCUCUGUGUCCAUGCCAAGUGGCUUGACUCAACCAUACACACACACACCCUCUUUGCUUAUCCAUAUCAACAACCUGCAUCCCUGCUUAUUCAAAAUCAUAUACACACCCCCACUCUCCAUGUCCAGUGUUUGUGUUGGAAUCUGUACACAAUUCAAUUGAACCAUAACAGAGGGUAGAUAAAGCCUUCAGAAGAUGUCAUUCAUUUUCAAUUAGCUAUUUGUCAUUGAUUUAUUGAAAGACAAGUAAAUACCUGCUGGAUUAACCUCAGGUAGGCAAUGUCUGAAGUGUAACCCCUAGCUGCGGCAUGAGCUCAGUGAUAAAAUCACUUCCAAAAAGAGAAACAGUACUGCACUUUAAAGACCUUCCAAAUGUUGAAUGAAAGAAAUUCAGUGGUAUUGCAGCCCUUAUGUUAUAGUGAAACGGAAGCCCUUUUUGCAUUCUAAAAAGUAUUAUGUGUAUCCAAUAUAAUAGAAUGCUUACUCUGUAACUUUGAUUGAAAUUUCAUUUCAACACAUUUCUGUUCACUUGAUGAUGUAAUUACAUGAUUUUGUGAGUGACUGUUCUCGCUUAAAUAUUUCAGGGUUAGACCGGACAGGAGUGGGUUGUGCGUGAACUGUGAAGGAGUGGAUAUCUAUCUCUUUAAUGCAGGGGCAUCAAACGGAUUUUGCCCCGGGGGCCGCAUUCGGUCCUCAACGAACGAGGUCCGGAGUGACGUUUUGAAAAUGUGUUCUACAGUAUUUACUCGCAAUCAAAAAGUGCAACAAAGAAAAUCCUCUAUUCUGACUGUCUAGCUUUAAUUUCGGUGAUUGAUAACAAGCUGGACACAGUCAAGAAACUGUAUGAAUGUAAGUCCAUUAUAUGAUUUCUACACAGUUUCGAUUUGGUUUUAGUAGUUUUAAAGUAUGUUGAGUAUGUUUGACUCCCCGGCUUUAAUGUGUGCUGGCGUUGCAUUGGUGAGUUACUGAAUGAGUGAUCUCUCAUGACAGGCUAGAUUCUAAUUCUGGGUUUCCGAUGUUACUGAAUGAGCAUGUUUUAGGCUUGGCUCUCCUGCAGCGUGUAUUAUUGGUCAUUUAUGGACAUCUUAAGAUCUGAAUAACAGUGAUUGGAAAAUAUUUCUGUUUUAUAGAAAUCCCUUUCACAAUCAAGCUAUAUUAUACUGAAAGAUAUGCUGGGGUUAUGUUUCAAAUAUGUGAUUAUAUUUCAUAUGUGAAAAUGUGAUUGAAAUGCUUUGUUUAUUUUUUAAGUGUAUGGACUUUUUGAGUUAUAAAAUUGCUUGGAUUUCUAAAUUUAUUUCAGUAAUUGAAAUGGACCAUUUCAAAUAAUCUGAAAGAAGCACGGUAACAUACCCAUGGGUUUCUCAUGUUAGCAACUAGAAUGUCUGCAUAAGAUGGGUGUAUUAAUUGUCAUUCAUUCCAAAUGUUAACUUAAAGUCAUCUAAUUCUGAAAUUCAUGACAAUACCACAAAACAUUAUAACUAGUUUAUAAGUAUGGAAUUAGCUGUUAUGCAGAAUUAUAGCAUGUUAUGUGUCAUAUGAGUAAACAUGAACUAGUUAUAAGGGUAUGGUUGAUGUUUGUUUAUGCAACAAGCUAUUUAUUAUACCAUAUUGUAACAAUAUUCAUAGAAAACACAGGCUAUUCAAUCAUAUUAUUCAGCAUUACAAGCAAUCACCUAAAAAAUAUAACUCAUGACCUCUCAUAGAUCUGAUUAGCUUCUUUUUUUUUUGCGCACGCUCUCACAUAUUUUGGCAUUAGCAAGUAUGAUUGUAUGAUUGCUAUUCUGGCUCUAAAGCUCUGUAACCAAGGCUCCAGAUGUCUUGACAGCACCAUUACUGCAUACGUUGUGUUCUUCACUGACUACAUUAAUUGAAAUAUGCCUUGUUGAAUCUCUGGCUAACUUACAGGAGUCCCAACCUUCUUGAAAAUUACUACUGAACAAAUGACUACUGAACACACUUUUAACACGUGUGUCUUGGCAUUAUCUUACUGGUGUAGCUCAGUUCAAAAACCUAAUGUUUGUUUUUUAGACCUGUUUUGAUCUGUAAAAGGAUUCUUAAUUAGAUUUAUAUAUGGUAUACUGUAAGUAUACGUUGUGUAUAUCUGCAGUCUACACACACUGACAAGAGAAUCAAACCUGCGCUGUGCGUGGGUUUUGACUUGCCAAUGACUUUGCCUAAUAGAGACUAAGAU